GUGUUAGAUUUCUCUUUCGUACAACUUUUAUAUUAUACUAUAGUUCAAUGUAUUCGUUUCAUUCUCAAAUAGUAUGCGCCAAAGGGUAUUUAAAUAAGGUGUUACAUAUUUUCAUUCUCAAUAAUAACAUCUCAAAGGUUCAUCAAAAUUUGUGUGUGAAAAACAACUUGAUUGAUUUACAUGUCCUUAUUAACGGUGGCGAAUCAACGAGGUUUAGGUGAGUUCACCGGAUUCACGGUGAAGCGUGGCGGCGAUGGUGGUAGUUCUAGUGGUGCAUCUCAAUCAUUUAAUGACUUGAAGAACCAAGAAGAAGAAGGGGGUGUGAGAAGUAGAAUGCAGGGGUAUAAUGGUGAUAGAGAAUUAAUAGAAAUGGUUUCAGCUCUUACACAUGUUUCAUCUAGUCAAAUGAUGGUACAAACAAUUGGUCACAAAAGAGAACGUGAUCAUGAUGAAGAGAUUAGUAGUUCUUCAAAUCAUAUUAUACAACAACCAACACUUCCUAGAAUCUUUACAACUGUUAUGGUACCUUCUCAAACAUCAGUGGGUUCAGAAGGUCCAAGCAGCAUAGGUGGUUCGACGGCAACAUCGGCGACAACGGAAGAAGGCGGCGAAAAAAGGAGAAGAUACAGAGGAGUGAGGCAGAGGCCAUGGGGAAAAUGGGCAGCAGAAAUAAGAGAUCCACACAAAGCAGCAAGAGUAUGGCUUGGAACAUUUGACACAGCUGAAGCAGCUGCAAUUGCUUAUGAUGAAGCUGCAUUGAGGUUUAGAGGGAGUAGGGCAAAGCUCAACUUCCCUGAAAAUGUUAGAGCAAUACCGACUCCGACUCUGACUACGACUACGACACCUCAGCCGCAGCUGCGAUCGCAUUCGACAGCUUUUUCGCCGUUUAAUGGACAGCCAGACUUAGUAAGAGACUAUUUGGAAUAUUCUCAGAUUCUUCAAAGUUCUGGUGACUUUCAAUUACAACAACAACAACAACAAUCUAAUUUAUUCCAACAAUGGUAUUAUAAUUCACAAUUGGCUCAACUUCAAUCACCUUCAUUGUUGUUAUCGUCGUCGUCGUUGUCGUCGUCAUCUUCAUUUUCAACCUCCACUCAACUUUCCUCUUCAUCUGAUUCAUUUCCUCUAUUUAAUAGUCAAGAAAUGAGUUUUUUACGGCCGUCGAAUAACCAUCCGCCUGGUGGAAGCCGUGGCGGCGGAUUAGGGUUUCCGCCGACAACUUGGUCAGAUAUUAGUGGUUGUCCACCACCUUAUGGUUGAUACAUAGAUCUUUGUUUGUGGUGAUGGUCAAAGUUCACAAUUAUGAUUGCGCUGUGAUCUUUGAUAUUAUAGAGAAGAAAAAUAAAAUAUUUAUCGUACUAUUAUGGA